AAAUAAAAAUGACAAAAAUCGAGUGCCCAAACUACAUGCCGGAUCUAGUAAGGAUCGUUAGCUGCAGUUUAAAUAGUUCCUCGUCUUUUUCCGCAGAGUUCGCUUUUGCACACGAUGUGUGGAACACUAGGGGUACAUAUUCAUUUAAAAUAAAGCGGGGCUCUUUUAUGAAUAAUCGCACAGCCGUGGAGCUGGACUUUUGUCAGGCUUUGGAAACCUUGCAAUCGGAACAUUUUCUUCGUCUGAUUGCAGACGAGUUCCGGCGGGUGGCCAAUUUUCCAGUUAGUUGUCCAUUUAAAAAGAACACUCGCUAUCAUAUUGAUGGAUUUACGAUUAAUGGGAAUUUUAUACCAAGUUAUGCUCCGGAACUGAGCUUUAUAUCGGACUGCAUGAUAUAUAUAAACAGGAAAAGAGCUAUGCAACUGACCAUUUAUGGAAGCCUUAAACGUACUCGGCCUAAUAAAAAACAUGUGUCUACUUUGGGGUAAAAAAAUAUAGAAAAUAUUUAACAGCACAACUGUUCCAAACACAACACAGAGUUGUUUUUAUAUUUGUUUUUAGUUAGUAAUUUUAAUAACUUAAGCAAAGUAUAUUAAAAAAUCAUUAAAAAACAAUUACAAAAUAACUAUUUUAUUGAGAAAAAUAUAUAUUCCAGAUGUAUUUAUAUUGUGUCAGCCAAUAGAGAGAGAUAUGAAAGCUAAACCAUUCCUAAAAGGUGCAAUACUUUUUUUAUGGAUAUCUGUAUUGUACAGUGCGAGAUCCAAGAUGGAAGCCAUCAUGACAAAAGUUGAGUGUAAAAACUACAUGCCCGAAUUCAUGAAAAAUACGAGUUGUCAAAUAAAUCAAGGUCGCAUGUUCUCUGCCGAGUUCACUUUGACGGAAGAUGUCACCAAUUCCUCAGGAAUUUAUUCAUUUUCCCUAGUAAGAGGAUCGACAAUUACCAACUACCUGAAACUAGACAUUGACUGUUGCCACGACUUGGAAGCUAUUCAAACCCAAUUUCUACUCAAGUUAAUUGCCGAUGAGUUGCGACGUGUGUCUAACUUUCCACUCCAAUGCCCCUUCAAAAAAGUAAGUAAACUAAUUUUCAACUCAUUAUGACUUUGACUAACAAA